UACAAACAUACUACAGUCUUUGGUUGUCUGUGGUGCAAAAUUGUUUGUGAAGUGUUUGGUUUUUUGUAAGAAAUCAGUAUUUCAAAAGUUUAAUUACUUAACGUAUAUGUAAAAAUGGUGAAUAUAUAUACUUUUGUUACAGUAGCAGGAAUUUUAAUUACCCAAGCGUCUUGUUGGUCUCCGUUUAACCUUUACUGCUACCGAUGUGUAUCUACCCAUCCUGGAUGUGGAACGCCGUUUAAUUGGCUUUGGUAUUGGGGUGAGGUCUGCCCAGAAGUUGAUGACAAAUGUGUUAAGAUUACUGAAAGGAAGGGAGCUGAAACCAUAAUAACUCGUGAAUGUUUGAGUUCAUUGAGAAGUGUACGUACUGACAUCCCAGCCGAUCACUAUGAGGGAUGCAGACCUGCUGCUAAGGAUGUGCGUCUUGCUCAUUAUGUCAAUAACUCUAUUAAAGAGUUGGAUAUAAAAAGGGAUCACUACGAUGAGACAACUUGGUGUUUCUGCUACUUUGACAAUAGAUGUAAUGGGGCGCCAUCUAAUGUUGUGUCAGUCUCACUUCUUGGAAUUAUUCUAUAUACAUUAAGACUUCUCUGACAUGUACAACUCUUCAAGGCAUUCCAGAAGUGCUCCAGAAUCUCCUUUAUUUUGAAAUAAUACAAAUGUGUAUCAAGAGGACUUAUUUUUUAUGCAGAGUGAAUAUUUCACUCUAGGUGAUUUUUAUUUUUUCCUCGUUCUAUUCAUAACCACUUGAUGCAUUUGAUCCCACUUGUAAUUUUUUCAUACUCUGUGCCUUAAAGGUAGUUUUAAUGUCAAUGAUCGUCUCAAUUAGGAGAAUCUGUACCUAGUUUAGAGAAUUAUGAAUAGACUGUUAUUUAUGCAUGGGGUAUCUAAUUGGCAAAUUUUAUUUCAGACAGGUUUCAUAACCAGAAUAUUUCUGUAAAUCAUAUGCUUGAAGUUGAAAACUGAUUGAUGAAUUUCUAAAUUUUCCCAAAUAUUUGAUAGUUAUAUGUUCUGAUCAUGUUGAUUACAUAUUAUAUGCAGCAUACAUAAAAGGUGAUUUGGUAAGAUCAGUGAUAUCACAGAUCCUAACUGUCAUUUUUCACUCAAGAUGCUCAGAAUAAUUUACUGUUACGAGUACAUUCUAAGUUUGAAUGUGGAUGAUUUUGUCUUUGAGUGUUUCAUUCCUCAUAGUCACUAUAAUUGAAUGGAUUUUCUGUUUCUAGUCUUGGAACUGAUUCCUUUCUAGAAAAAUAAAAAUACUUUUAAAAUAUAAAAAUGUGAUACCACAACUGCAGGAAACUAAAAGUUGUGAGUUUCUUUCUGUGAAACAAGUAAAUAGUUCACUGAGGUGCAGGUGUGUGUAUUUCAGAUAAUACCAGUUCAUUCAUUAAUGGAAUCCUCAAGUGAAACAAAAACUGAAAUUCAUAAAAUGCUCAGUUUUGAAUGAAAAUGGGCUUAAAAUGUGUAAAAUCAAGCCAGUUGUAAUAUAAAUCAAAGAAUAUGUCCCCAAAAGUAUUUAUCUGUUGACAACUGGUACAUCCGUCCAUAUAGUAUUGUACAGAUAGUAUUGAACCAUGUUUUGUUUAAGAGGAAGGUUGGAGGCAUUUAUACUUUUAUAGACCAUUAACCAAAAUAAAUAAUAAUAUUGAAUCUCAUGUUGAAAUAUUUUUGUGUUGCAUUUUAUACAUUAGAAGUGUCCAGUCUUUUUUGAACUACUUCUAUGAAUGUACAUAAUUGAAGAAACAAUAAUUUAAUAUGGUUUACAUACAAAGAAAUAGUAAUACCAUUUUCCUUGAUAAUAAGAAUUUUUAUUUGUCACAAGUGAAAUUGUCUGGCAGUAAAUAUAUGGCUGAAAUUAAGAACAGCAUGUCUUCUGCAGAGAUGGUAAAAUAUAGUGCCAACAGGAACUGAUAUUCCUGUGUUAUGCAUGAGCAGUAGUUGUAUGUUCCAUUAUAUCAAAUAUUUCCCAUCCAUUUUUGUUAAGAAUGUUUUAUACUACAGAGUGUUGCAGGUUAGAACUUAUACAGCAGAGAUAAAGAUAAAUUAAACUGUAAUGGCAGUCAUGUUAUAUUUUAUUCUGUAUUCAUUUAACUUGAAAAUUUUACAAUAUAAUUUUAUCAA